AUGCGCACGAACGAGGGAAAGAAACACAUCGCACUUAUAGAUGCGGACCAUUACAUAAUAAACUACAAAAGCACCAUAACGACUUAUAUACAAAAUAUAUGUAACAAUCUCCUAAAGGGAAAUGGGGACUCAGCUGAUCAUGCUAAUAAGGAUUUCGACUCCAAGAGGAGGGAAAGGAUUAUCUGCCUUUUCAUGUUCAGCAUGUAUCUUAACAAUAUUCACAGAAAUUUAAAUCUGUUCAGUUAUUUACAUGACGUGUUGAUAAAGUAUAACCGUCUGAUGGGGAGAAUCAGAGCCAGUGAAAGAGGGGCACCAAAGAGUAAUGAUAGGAAGACGGACAAUCUGCACCAUGGGGAGGUGAAUGAAACUACCCAGGGUGCAGGAACAUCGCAACAGACGGAAAUGGAAUCCCCUGCCGAAGAGUACAUGGGAAAGGAGGGUGAAGGGUGCAGCUUUAGGGAAGGCCCUAGUCGAGAUGAGAACAGCGGCGAAAGUGGAGACAUGUCCCACUUCAUGCACGAUCUGAUAAAAGAUAAAAAUUACGUUAACAUGGACAACGUGACCGAGUCCAAAGUCUGCUUCUUAAACAUAAAAAAUAAAGGAAAAAAUGAGAGGGGGGAGUCGCCUGAAUCGUUAAGAAAUGCCUGCUAUGGGGAAGGGCACAUGUGUGCAACUGAACUGAGCAGCAACUCGAAGAAGGGUGCCAUCGAUCUGGGCCAUGCGACUAAGGGGAGCGGCACUAGUGACAGCGAUGAGGAUGAGGAGAAGGAGAUAGACGGCAUGGAAGACAUCGCUGAUGAGUCCGCCAAGUGUGCUGUGCAUCCCGACGCCGAUGACACACCUCGCUGGGCCAAUCGCAGCACGCGGGUUGAGGCUCUUGAUGAAGCGAGUCUAGAGGACCCGCAAGAUGACUCCUUCCACGAAUCGCACGGUAGCACCUACCGCUUUAGCAACGCCUCGCCAGUGUGCCAAGGUCAAAAGCAGUUUUUAAUAAACUACAGUAGUGUACACAUGAAGGUGACAAUUUUCAACCGUCUAUUCUGUGUGGAAAACUUUUUAGUGCAACAAAAAAACAUAAAACAUUCCUCGAAGGAAAUAGAAAACCUGUACAGAAUAAUUGUGCUGUCCAAAUUACACAUAGGAGUGUACCGCUUUUUAACCUUUUUAAAAAAAAAAAAUUUUUUUUUAAUAUUUUUCAGUUCCAAUAAAAAGUUAACACAGACAUUAUUCAGGUAUUUUAAAAUUUCAAAGCAUUUUAAAAAUUGUUACAAAAUAAUUGACUCAUUUGAGGAACUGAAAAACAUUGGAGACGCCGAUAAAGAGGUCCUCAUAUUUAGUAAUCGUGAAUGUUUUGUAAGUUGCGCAAAAAGGGAAGGAUAUUUUAAAGUAGCAGGAGGGAAGAAAAAUGCCGCCAUGUCCACAAACUGUGAUGACGUCAACUGGGAUGCGUUAAAACAAAAGGACAGUCUUCUUUCAAAUACUUCAGAUUACAUAUCGAAUAAAUAUAACGACGUUGUGUAUCCCUUUGUGCGAAAUUGUAAUUUAACGGAAGACAUAUUAUCAUGGCGCAUUUUUUAUAUUUUUAAAAAAUAUAUGUACAUACACGGAACAGUGGUCAAAGGAUUUGGAAGAGGCAGUAAAUACUUAAACAUACCCACGGCAAACAUUUCCUACUCCAACUUAACCUCCACUGAUAUUAUGCCUGGCAUAUAUUUUGGUAUAUCCAGAUUGAAAAAAAAAAUUUACAAAACGGUGGUUUCAAUAGGCUAUAAUCCCUUCUUUGAAAAUAAACACAUAACUAUUGAAGCCUUUUUAUAUUACAAAACGAAUACUUUAUUUUAUGAUGAGGACAUCCAUUUAAUUAUUGUUGGUAUUCUUCGAAGCGAAAGUAACUUUUCCUACUUUUCUCACCUCAUUCAUGCCAUCCAGUUUGACUGCGAAAUGGCACGAAUCAUAAUUAGCAGACUUCAGGAUGACGAGCAGUUUGUCCGCUGCAGGGAUUACCUCCAGUCGUUGUAG